AUGUUUGACCCUUUGAACUCGAACAACUCGACGUGGGGCGGCACUGAUGAAGUAAUUGCUCCUUCAUGGCCAACAGUCCCCCAUUCCCCCAAUGCUCCUAUACCCAAUCUUCGACGAGCUUCUACACCUGUUCCUCCAUUAACUCCAGAUAAAGGUCCUACACCUGGAAUAUACGGAAAGGAACCACAAAUUUAUGGCCAGCCAGAAUCAGGUCUUAUUUCGCCUCGAGACACCGUUGGAUCCAACGGGUCCACCUACGAAAAACCCGAACCGUAUCUCCGAGUAAAAAUUACAGGGUUAGAUAGGAAUAGACGGGAUAUUUUGAUAAAGCUAGAUGCGCAGACCAACUUGUCCAAUUUCACCGGCACCACAUACCGAAAUGUAUCCCGCUCAUACCUCGAAUUCCAAUCCUUCUACGAGUCUAUCGUACAAAGCAACCCGCAAACCCUCAUACCUGCCCUUCCGCUGGCACAAACAUCAGCUCCGACUGACGAGGAAGACGACCGUCUGGUCAGAAUAAUGCUACAGAGAUGGUUCACCAGGGUGUGCGAAGACCCGAUUAUGAUCCACGAUGAAGACUUGCGCUCUUUCAUCGAAAGCGACUUUGGAUACCAGCCCACACCACGACCUCGCCGUAAGACUUCUUCCGGAUUCGGACUCAUGCGCAGGGGUGUUCCUGAUGAGGAUGAAGAAUUACAAAGGGCACGUUUCGAACUAACAAAACUGGAGGGGCAGUUUUUUGACACUGCGAAAGCUGUGGAUAAGCUCGCGAUGACGCGCAAAAUACUUGCUUCUGCUCAUACCGAUAUGGGGAAUAAGCUUCUAAAUGUCGCUACUACCGAAGCCCACCAGCCAUUAGGAAACGCCUUCCGAAAAAUUGGCAGGACGUGGCACAGUCUCGCCGACCUCGAUCAAGCACAGGCUAUCAGCGAAUGUGUUAUACUCGGAGACUCUUUAGGAUACCAAGGAUUAAAUGCACGAUCCGCAAAAGAGACUCUACAGAUGAGAACAGGCGUUCUCGAAGAAUAUCAAGCGGCAGUAAAGACUUCGAUAUCUAAACGGCGGCAAAUCGAGCGUCUCAAGGCUAGUUCCAACAUUCGACCUGAACGGGUAGACGAAGCACUGGAAGAACUCAAAGAAGCGAACAAGUAUGAACAAGUGCUUGCCAAAAGAGCCGAAGGGAUAUCCCAAAACUUGCAUCGUGCUCUUGAGACUCACAAUAACCAUGUUAACGAAGAUGUUACUGCUGCUUUGAUUGAGCACGCCCGUUCAUCUAUCAUGUACGAAAGACAGCUGCUUCGUGAAUUAGAGGCUCUCAGAUCGGACGUCGCCAAUGCCGCCAACAAGGUUGUUCCUUCAACAAAUGUACCGAAACCAACAGUCAUACUGCCUCUCGAGGAACCUAUACGUCCUCUCCCCCCUCCUGCCCCAACACCAAUGCCGACUGGUAGUUAUCGUCAGGAGACGCCUCCCCCUCCAAGAAUGCAAACCCCACCUCGGCUUAAGGCAACGCUUCCAGCUAACAGCCCCAGUGAUCCACUAGCCUCCGGCCCCCCAAGUCUUUCAUCACAACCUCCAAUUUCGCCUUCCCCAUCCCAGCAAACAUUCGCCAGCCGUGGAUCCAUUUCCACUUCCUCCUCCUUCGCCUCUCGUCAAGGACAGUUCUCACCGUCCAUUCCGCCGUCCCCCCGCCAGCCACUCCCCACUCAAUCUCCCGGUGCUGGCCCUUCUACACCAACCAUCGAAAGAUUCUCUGAUGCCAAAACACCACUUGACGAUGGACCUCCUCUUGGUGGCCGGUUCGGUGACGGGACGAAAUCCAUGUUUGUCAACAACUCCUCGCCGUUGGUCCCUCCUUCGCCCUCAUCGCCGACAUUUAAUCGUGGUGGAGGCGAUCCGUUGAUGGGUAGUGGCGCACCCGUACGACCGUCCAGUGCUCUUGAUGGGAACCGCAGAGGCAUGAACGGUCAUCCCGCACUUCAAAAUGACCUUGACCCACUUGGGCUUGCUAAGCCUACAUAUAUGAGUAGCUCUGUUCGCGUCCAGCCAACCAGGCCGAGACUAGACGCAAAGGAAGCUGCGAGCAAAUUAGCAAAUAUGUUUUGA